AUGCAGGCCCCGAAGAGAGGUGGAAAGGUAGCUGUGCCAGCAAAGAAAAAACAAGAUAAGGUUGUCAAUCCAUUGUUCGAGAAGCGUCCAAAGCAGUUCGGUAUUGGAGGGGCUUUGCCACCGAAGAAGGAUCUGCAUCGUUUUGUGAAGUGGCCUAAGGUUGUUCGUAUUCAAAGGAAAAAGAGGAUCCUUAAGCAGAGGUUGAAGGUCCCACCAGCAUUGAACCAAUUUACUAAGACUCUUGAUAAGAACCUUGCAACUAGUCUCUUCAAGUUGCUUCUCAAGUACAGGCCAGAGGACAAGGCCGCCAAGAAGGAACGUCUCCUGAAGAAGGCCCAGGCUGAGGCUGAAGGAAAAGCUCCUGAAUCAAAGAAACCAAUUGUAGUAAAAUAUGGACUUAACCAUGUUACAUACCUUAUUGAGCAGAACAAGGCACAAUUGGUUGUUAUUGCUCAUGAUGUGGAUCCCAUAGAAUUGGUAGUAUGGCUCCCCGCGUUGUGCAGAAAGAUGGAGGUCCCCUACUGCAUUGUCAAGGGAAAAUCACGUUUGGGAUCGAUUGUUCACAAGAAAACUGCUUCCGUCUUAUGCUUAACAACAGUUAAGAACGAGGAUAAGUUGGACUUCAGCAAAAUCCUCGAGGCCAUCAAGGCUAACUUCAACGACAAGUAUGAUGAGUACCGGAAGAAGUGGGGAGGUGGUAUAAUGGGCUCCAAGUCACAGGCCAGAACCAAGGCGAAGGAGAAGCUUCUUGCAAAAGAAGCUGCACAGAGGAUGACUUAGAAAUGCCAUAGUUUCUCCCGGAGGUACCUUUAUUUUUCGUGUUUGGUUAAAUGAAAAUGGCCCCGACUAGUUCGAUGCAACUUUUGUUUAGUGGAUUUGUUUUCCUUCUAUUUAUGUUGAUGGAUUUGUCAUU